AACGGCUCAACUUCGUCUUUGUUCCGUUGUACCAGCUUCCAGCGUCACCAGCGUCACCACAGCCAUACAGCCAUUCCUACUACUACUACUACUACGACGACGACGACUACCUGGUCUAGUGCUUGCUGCUGUCCUGUCACCUGUCAUCUGUGACCGAUCGUCUCUCAUCUCAUCUCAUCUCAUCGCCUAAAUCUCACCUCUCUCAAUCGCUUCCACCGCGCCAGCGCUCUCAUAUCUUCCAUUGCCGUCGCUGAUCUCCCUUGUCCCUGCUCAUUUCAUAUAAGCGACAGCUAUCUAUAGCCCACCCCUUUCUUCGCAGUUCUUCUUCAGCUUUUGCUCUCUUUUGCGCCUCUCCCGCCAUUCUCCCUCGCCCGGAUACAUUCAUCAUAAUAGGCACAUAUUCUGCCUUCAAACAUUGAGCCCUCUGUUCCCUCUGUAGCUCCUGUUACUGGCAUCUUCGCAGCACUGGCGCUUUCUGGGCUCCCGACUGCCAUCUGGGCGGUAUAAACGCUCCCUCGUCCCGAAUAGCAAUACAGAUUCUAUCACCAGGCUGGGAACUACCCGUAUCCUCCCCCGGUUUGCCUCGUAUAGGCGCAUUAUAUAAAAGGGUGUGCGACAAUGGGUCGAAGAAAAAUCGAAAUUAAGGCUAUCAAAGAUGAUCGGAACCGCUCUGUAACGUUCCUUAAGCGCAAAGGUGGACUCUUCAAGAAAGCACACGAAUUAUCAGUCCUCUGUUCCGUCGACGUUGCCGUCAUCAUCUUUGGCCACAACAAAAAGUUGUACGAGUUCUCGUCGGGGGAUAUUAAUGAGACGCUUGGACGAUAUCAAUAUUAUGGCCAACCACACGAGCAUAAAGGGCCUGCUGAUUUUGCUGGAAAACAAAACCUGGAUGAGGAAGAAGAGGAGGACGUGUCGGGUGUUGAGGACAUCAUGCCACCGCAGAACAAUAACAUGGUCCCCCCGCAAAUACAGAGCCAACCCACCUUCCAACAUAUUAAUCAUCAGCCAUCUGCAUCCCCACCAAUUCCGAAUGGCGUCUUCCACCCUCGACAUGGAACACCACAACCUGUCAUCUCCCGGCCGUCUUCGAGAAACAACCUUCAACGAGUAGGUUCGGGGCUAGUUCCCCCACAACAGCGUCACCAUGCAACUCCACCGCCUCCUCAAAACGGCUAUGCUGCAUAUAUACCAAACCCUUCUAUGUACAACCACCAGGCAAAUCCAAAUAUGCACCAGCAAGCUCCACGCCCAGGUCAAUAUCCUUAUCCUCCUCCUAUGCCACAACAUCAUCCCCCUCAACAUCAACAUCAAAUUCCUCCACAGCACCCUCCCCAACCGCCUCCGCAACAGCCUCCUCAACAUCACCCUCACCACCCGCAACAACAACAUCACCCCCCUCCUCCUCCGCCCGCACAACAUCAACACCAACCUCCACCCCAACCACAACGACACCACACUCCACAACGGCACCACACUCCACAACCCCAUCAUCAACCCAUGGCCCAACCACCACCUCCAUACAUACAGGAACAACAGAAGAGACACUCUGUGCCACCGACAUUCCCUCCCCCAGAACGACAAGCACAAUCCCAUUCCCGAUCGCCACCUCAACCACAGCCACCGGUAAAACCUGAACCCAGCCAAACACCACCGCCCCCUAAACCUCUUCCAUCCAAAUCCCGAAGCAUUUUCACCCCAAUUGACGAUCGUGGUUCGGUACUUGCGCAGCAUUUUGGAUUUGGCCCGCAAUCAGACUCCCCCAAAACAGACUCACCAUUAAAGCCUGAACCGGAGAAUACCGAUUCAAAUAGCCAUACCGCCCUGCCUCCACCUCCACCCCCUCCCGUAAGAUCUGCGACUCUUCCUGCCCACCCUCAACGCACACAUUCACUCUCCUCGAUACCCGACGUCACCCCAAUCUCGCGCUCAAACAGCCUCCAAGUUAGCGCAAAGCGGCCUCGGCUAAAGGUCCAAAUUCCCAGCGAGAACUCUGAUGCAGGUAGCGCAACUGCCGAAUCGUCACCACGAGAAUCCACAGGGAACACUGCCGCCACCCCUGCCCGCGGCAGUUCCGACACAGGGCAUUCUGGCGUCGUCUUGCCGCCCCCCUCACCCUCCGCUACUACCCUCCUAAGCGCCGGCGCCCAGGGCCCUCCAAAUCCCUUCGCGCGCCCACCACCGCCACCCGUCGCAACAUCCUCCCAAAACAACGCCGCAGCCGGCUAUUCAAACAGCAACAACAACCAUAAUAACAACAUCGACACGCCCAUCUCCGCUCUACCUAGCCGCUUCGUGUCCGAUACACUCCUCCCCUCCCCCUCCAGCUUCUACCCAGAGUGGGGUUUCGGCCGCUCCGGACCAGAUAGCAACGUGCUACCGAGCCCGCUGACUUUCCCGACUCCAAUUGUGACGAAUGGACCUGGGUUCUCGAGUUCGAAUAAUUCAGGUUCGGGGUUGAAUUCGCAUCCGAAUUUGCAUUCGCAGUCGGGUUUGAAGGAGAAAGAGAAGGAGAAGGACAGGGAGAAGGAAGGGGUUGGUGCUGUGGAGGAAGGGGGAAUGGUGAAGAAGAGAAAGAGCCCCGAAGGGGGGAUUAGUGCUAGUGGCGCGGGGCAUGGUGGCGUUCCGCAUGCUAGUGUUGCUGUGGGGAAGAGGGUGAAGGUUGAGUGAUGUGUGUAUGGGAUAUGGAAAAAAGGUGUGAUGUUUUUUUCUUAGUGGUCCUUGUCUAAUUGGGUUUGACACGGUCGUGUUGAGGUGUUUUGGUUUGGUAUAAAUAUGGAAUGAUAUGGGCUUGACAUUUUCUGUGCUUGUGUAGUAUUAGUAGUUUGAUCUUUGUUUCAUAUUCGGUUUUAUUUUGUUUUUGGCUUCCUCCUUACCUUCAUUUCUAUUGCCCGCUUUUAGAAGAGGGACCGAUUGUUUUGCUAUUUAUUUUUGAUAUGUAGGUUUUUGGUUUUUGUUCUUGAUUUGUUUUGACAUAGUUUUGACUUAACAAUACAAAAUCAUAUAUUGUAUAUUUUGUAUAUAUCUGCUAUACAGAGUAUAAUUUGAUUGGGGUUUUUAUGUAGUAUUCUCAUGGAUGAACCUCAG